UCCCAAAAUCCCAAAACUCGCGGGUGAGUCUCUUUAUGCUGGUGUCGAACAGGUCAACAUCACACUCCGAUAUCGAUAAUAUUCGAUUCUGAAGAGUUUGAGCCAAUACAAGUCAAUGGAUGGAUGGAUUCAAACUUGGAUGUGUUGAUGUGGUCACUUUCCUGGAAUCCGGCAUCUCCGCUGAAAGUCUACCACUAACCAUUACUUUCAGACCGCCAUGGCCAUCAAGAUCCCCAUCGUCAAGAAGCGCACCAAGCAUUUCAAGCGCCACCAGUCCGAUCGUUACCACAGUGUCAAGGAAGCAUGGCGGAAACCCAAGGGUAUUGACAACAGAGUGAGGCGUCGGUUCAAGGGGCAGCUCCCCAUGCCCAAGAUCGGUUACGGGAGCAACAAGAAGACCCGCCACCUUCUCCCAAACGGCCUCAAGAAGUUCCUCGUCAGCAACGUCAAGGAAGUUGACCUCCUCCUGAUGCACAACAAAAGCUAUGCGGCUGAGAUUGCACACAACGUUAGCAGCCGCAACCGCAACAUCAUUCUUGAGCGAGCAAAGGCUCUUGGAGUGAAGGUGACGAACUCUGCAGCACGGCUGCGGUCAGAGGAGUGAUUUGUUGUCGUCGUUUGUCUCUCUCACGCCAUUCUCAUGUAUCCAUUUCAUAUGCUGGAGAUAAUCGACAUGCAAGCAUGCUUCAGGCUGAA